AUCACGCCCAAGUGGCUGACGAAGAUCUUGGUUGGUGGAAACACCUUAUGCUUUCUGAUCCGAGCGGCUGGUGGAGGCAUUAUUGCUGGAGGGGGUAGCAAGAAAAGCGCAGAUCUAGUCAAAGCUAUGAUCUUGACUGGACUCUGCUUACAAAUGGUCAUCUUCGCAUUCUUCGUAGUUGUGACAGCAAUUUGGCACAAACGGAUGAAUGCCACAGGUCGUGGAAAGCGGGAAGAUGAACACUUCGAUUGGAUUCGAUGCCUCAGUAUGUUGUAUACCGUCAGCGGUAUCAUCACGGUCAGACAUCUAUUUCGGGUCAUUAAGUACGCUGCGGAUGACGGAUAUCUGCUCGCGAACGAAUGGUCCAUCUGCAUCUUUGACGCUAUGCUGAUGGUUGUUGUCCUAGCCAUCUGCUGCGCUUGG